AUGAAAAUCAUAAUUUGUAAUAUGAUGGAAUAGCAUUUUGAGUUUUAGGUUAAUCCAAAUGAUACAGUACUCUAACUGAAAUAAUUAUUCUGUUAAAAAGAAGGCUCAGUUUUAGCAAAUUGUAGAUUAACUCAUGGAUAAAAUGAAUUGCAUGAUAAUCAAACAAUAUAAUAGUCAAAUCUUAAAGAUGGAGAUAUAAUUUAUCAUAGCAUGAACCUUGGAUUUUGA